AUGAUUCAAGAAUUUUUAAAUAGCAUGGAAGAUCCAAAGAGGCCAUUACUCGGUCCAAUUUUCUGGCUUAUUCAGAAGGUCGGUUUAUUGUUGCCCAAAAAUUUAAAAAUCAAAAUACUCUACCUAAUAUGUCACGAAUUUAUUUCUCUUUUUGUAGUUACGCAAUACAUAGAACUUUAUCUUGUAAGAUCCGAUUUAGAUCUUAUUAUAACGAACCUCAAAGUAUCAAUUGUCAGUUUCAUUUGUGUAGUGAAAGUAAAUACGUUUAUUUAUUGGCAAGCAAGUUGGGAAGAAAUUUUAGAUUAUAUAAGCGAGAUUGACAAAAAUGAACGAAGAACUCCGGAUACAACUGGGAAGCAGAUCAUAGACUCAUAUACAAAGUAUUGUCGACAGCUAUUGAAAUUUUAUUGGGUUCUUAUGCUGGUUACCAUGAUUUGCGUAAUAGGUACUCCCCUUAUAAGAUGCGUGUCUUCUUCAAAAUAUCGAGCAGCUAUCAGAAAUGGAACUGAACCCUUUCCUCACAUCUUUAGCUCUUGGGUGCCUUUCGACAAAUUCAGUUCCCCAGGCUCUUGGAUAACAGUUUGCCUUCAUAUUAUAUGUUGUAUAUACGGCGCUAUAAUGAUGGCUGCGUAUGACGCCAUGGUCCUUGUGAUUAUGAUAUUUUUUGAGGGGAGUUUGAAAUUAUUGCGUCAUAAGUGUAGGAACAUGUUUGGCAGCAAUGGCUCCGGUGCUACUGAUGAACAGACCAAAAACACGCUUCGAGAUUUGUGUACUGCACACAUUCUUUUGUUGAAGUAUUCGAAGUUGUUUGAUUCUCUACUGUCGCCGAUAAUGUUCUUGUAUGUUGUUAUAUGCUCCAUCAUGCUCUGCGCCUGUAUAAUUCAACUUACUGUAGUGACGAGUACUGCACAAAAGUUACUAAUAUUACAAUAUUUUGUGUUCGGUAUAGCGCCCAUCUUCAUGUUUUCUUGGCACAGUAGCAAAUUGCUCGAUCAAAGUGAACAAGUGUUCAUGGGGCCGUACGAAAGUGAGUGGUGGACGAUGGGUGCGAAACAAAGAAAGGAGGUCCUUAUUCUGACCGAACAGCUGAAACUCUAACUUUCUGUGUUCUUAUAAGUGUUAAAACUAUCUGAUAUGGAUAACCAAAAUCCCCAAGAGAGAACUGUUCCAAUACAAUAUGUCCGCGGAUCGCGAGCCUUUCGCCAGUUUAAGAAUCCGCCCCAGCCUCAUAUGUGCAUUCAAGAUACAAUAAAGGAUACCACUGAAAAACUUUACAUAAACGUCCUUGGAUGGCAAAAAAUCGCUAAUCCGAAACAGUAUUCAGACCCUAUUCCCUUGUAUGGUGGAAUGCAGGUUCACCAAGGAUGCGGGCCCAACAGUAACCGACCUCCACUUCUAGUGUUUGCAGUAAUGGUUAACCCUGACAUAUUAAAGGCUAAUGGCAAAAAUGCUGUGAAUCCAACGGAUCGGGAAGCUCUGGUCAGCUUAUUAUGUGACUUCGUAGAGGCUAUGAACCCUGGGCUAGUACUUACAAGGAAUCCUAUUAUAAUGAAAGACAGAGACUUGGCCGGAGAACUGAAGGAUGUUUGGUUAGCUGUGCAAAACAAGAGGGAAAGAGAAAAAGGGUUAAAUCAAGAUGUCAUGUACAAGGUUUACGACAUUGAUGGCAUCGGUAAUGAAGACAUCAACGAAGAAGACCAAACAAACAGCAGGAAUUAUAAACAGUUUGACAAUGGUUCACCAAAUAGAAUGCAAAAUGGUGACAAGAAGGGCACCAUAAAGUCAUCAAAACAAAUACUCAAGAAUGCCGGGCAGAAGUCAGAAUUUGAUUCAGGUAUGAACAACUGUCAAUUGAAUCAAAACCAUACUAAUAGAGAUAAUAGAAGUGGAAACACUGACGCAGAUACAACCUACUGUACCCCUGUUUACGGCCAAAUAGUGUCCAGUAGAGAAAAUCACAACCAAAUAAAUGAUAUACAACAAAAGUUUGCAUUAAACGAAAUGACAAAACCAUCCAGUUCAUAUAAAAAAGAUUGGCAAUCACAAGGAAAGCCAUCGCAAGGCUGGGACGAAUUUUCUAAACGUAUCCUAUCAAUAAAACCCAGUGAUGAUGAUAAAAAACAAAAAUCGAAAAAUGAUAAGACGACCAAACCAAUCACGAAUGGUAAGUCACAUUUCGAUUUUUUUCCAGUGUUUGACAAUAAAGCUACAGUCCGCAAUGACGCUGAAACACCAACGAACGCUACGGAUAAGAGUUUAGCAAACGAACAGGAUAUAGUAAAUGAAGACAAUUCUAAAAUAAUUCUAGACCCAAUGCAGAAAUUAGUUCUGCAUUCGACUGAUAACAAAUUAUGUGAUAAUAAGACAAGUGCUCUCAGCUCAUUUAGCUCAUAAUUUCAUAGCUUUUACAGAAAAAAUUUGUAUGGCGAUAUGUAUUGGCUUGAAUGUUUACGAGAUGUGUAUUUAAAAAUAAGACGAACAAGGUGGCUAGUCAACGAUAGAACAAAAUAGUGAUUCAGUAUCUUGAUUUCAAUUGAAAUGUAUUAAUAGUUUGCAUGCAUUAGGAUGGUGAACUAAUAAAAUCGUAUGAUUUAAAAA